AUGCUCGACUAUGACUCUGAGAGCAGCAACGGGGAGCCUUCGGAUGCGUUUAGAGUCAAUAAGAUAGCCCCUUCUAAGCGCUUUAAGGCUGAUGAGCCUGUGACAAUUGGCGUCAUUGCUGCGCCAGAUGUUCUCUCCGAGGACCCCCUCAAACAAACAUCCCUUAUCACCCGACCCACUGACACCCUCAUGAAUGUGAACAUUGGUUACGAGGACAUGAUGAAACCCAUGCAAGGUCCUGAGAAUCCAUUCGCUGAUCGGAAAUUCAUAAAUCAAAAUACAAUUUCUGGACAUGUCGAGGAACAGGCGAUGACCGACCAUGCCUUCAAAGUCCAACAUCUUACCCAUUCCAUACUUGGCUAUUCCCACAACCCCUCGAACGAUGAAAAUGCUCCUCAGUUUGUUGGUUCAUUGGAUGCAGCGUCAGCAAACAAUUUUCAGACCUUGGAAGGAACAAAGUCAACGAAUGCGGCUAGGCGUGAACUCAAAAGAAAAAGGAAUCCGAAAGGCGACCCCGAACUAGUCGACGGGGAGGGUGCAUAUGCGGGUCCCUGGGCGGCAUGGGAGGAGGAAAACGAAGUGCCAGAGUUCGACCUUCCUGAUGAUGCGGAGGGUGAAGAUUUGGAAGAUCACCUCAAGCCACCAGAAGGGUCCAAGAAGCAGAUGAAGGCAAAAAGGUCGGUUUUUGGACAGGAGACAUCUUUGCUUCACGGGAAGUCCCUGGUCGAUUACCAGGGCCGAACCUACAUGCACCCCCCAUUGUCUGUCGCCCCCCAUCUUACUGGAGAAGCUGGCUCUCAGGAGUGUUUUAUACCGAAGGCUUGUGUGCAUACUUUUACAGGCCAUACUCAGGGCGUUUCAGUCAUCCGUACACUUCCUGGGACUGGUCAUCUGAUGUUGAGCGGCAGCAUGGACACAAAGAUAAAGCUGUGGGAUGUGUACCAAGAUGGGAAUUGUUUGCGUACCUUCAUGGGGCAUUCCAAACUUGUGAAGGAUUUGACCUUCUCAAACGAUGGCAGAAAAUUCCUGAGCUGCGGAUACGACCGACAAAUGAAACUUUGGGAUACAGAGACCGGUCAAUGUCUUAAAGCAUUUUCCAACGGGAAAAUCCCUUAUGUAGUACGAUUUCAUCCAGAUGAAGACAAGCAGCAUGUCUUCCUUGCUGGGAUGUCUGACAAAAAAAUCAUUCAGUAUGAUAUAAACACGGGGGAAAUCACUCAGGAAUAUGAUCAGCACCUGGGACCAGUCAACACAAUUACUUUUGUAGACGAGAAUCGGCGUUUUGUGACGACAUCCGACGACAAGACUAUACGAGCAUGGGACUUUGACAUCCCCGUUGUCAUCAAGUACAUCGCGGAGCCUCACAUGCAUUCGAUGCCUGCGGUGACGCUUCAUCCCAGCAAAAAGUGGUUUGCAGCACAAUCGUUAGAUAACCAGAUUCUUGUCUACUCUGCCGAAAAUUUUCGGCAAAAUCGCAAGAAGCGUUAUGCAGGCCAUUCGAUCGCUGGGUUUGCUUGCCAGGUGAACUUUUCACCUGAUGGGCGGUUCAUCAGUUCUGGGGAUGGAGAAGGGAAUGUAGUAUUCUGGGAUUGGAAAACUGGACGAAUCAAGAGCCGCCUUCGAGCACAUUCAAAAGUCGUGAUUGCGCACGAAUGGUUGCCACAUGAGACUUCCAAGGUUCUCACCGCGUCAUGGGAUGGAUUGAUUAAGCUAUGGGUGAGUGCCAUGCAUUCGCAAUAG